AUGGGUAGGGAGAUCAUCUCCUUGCAGGCCGGUCAAGCAGGUAAUCAAAUCGGUGCACAAUUCUGGCAAAAAUUGUGUGCAGAGCACGGUAUCACGCCUCAAGGAAAUCUGGAAGAAUGGGCCGCGGAUGGAAGUCAAGGGGAUAGGAAAGACGUUUUUUUCUAUCAAGCAGAUGACGAGCAUUACAUACCUAGAGCUAUUUUGAUCGAUCUCGAACCAAGGGUAAUCAAUAAUAUCCUGACAUCACCUUUUAAAGGUUUAUACAAUCCCGAGAAUAUCUUCGUUUCGAAAGAUGGCGGUGGAGCAGGGAACAAUUGGGCGCAAGGAUAUAGUGCGGGAGAAAGAUUGUAUGAUGAUUUGAUUGAAAUGAUAGACAGAGAAGCGGAUGGCAGUGAUAGUUUAGAGGGAUUCAUGCUCCUGCAUUCGAUAGCAGGUGGAACAGGCUCAGGAUUAGGUUCUUACCUACUGGAAAGAUUGUCAGAUCGAUUUCCCAAGAAGUUGAUACAGACCUAUUCAGUCUUUCCUGAAUCAUCAGACGUGGUGGUUCAACCUUACAAUUCGAUAUUAGCAAUGAAAAGAUUAGUGAAUAAUGCAGAUUCAGUUGUCGUCCUGGAUAACGCAGCUUUGACUAGAAUCGCAGCGGAUAGAUUGCAUGUUCAAGAUCCAAGUUUCGUGCAGACAAAUCAACUUGUAUCGACAGUCAUGGCUGCUUCGACAACUACACUUCGAUAUCCGUCUUAUAUGAAUAACGACUUAGUGGGUAUUAUAUCAAGUCUUAUACCCACUCCAAGAUGUCAUUUCUUGAUGACCUCUUAUACGCCGUUCACGGGUGAUGAAAUUGAUCAUGCGAAAGCUACACGGAAGACGACAACACUCGAUGUCAUGAGACGACUCCUACAACCUAAGAAUCGAAUGGUUUCAACAAUAUCAACGAAAUCUUCAGCUUAUAUAUCCUGUUUGAACAUCAUCUCAGGCGAUGUCGACCCGACAGACGUGCAUAAAUCACUAUUGCGUAUACGAGAAAGACAGUUAGCAAACUUCAUCCCAUGGGGACCGGCAAGUAUACAGGUUGCCCUGACAAGGAAAAGAGGUGGUCCAGCAGGUGCUUCUAAUAGAGUUAGUGGUGUCAUGAUGGCCAAUCAUACUAGUAUCAACUCGCUGUUCAAACGAAUGAUACAUCAAUACGAUAUGUUGAGAAAACGAAAUGCAUUUUUGGAACAAUAUAAGAAAGAAGAAAUAUUCGCGAAUGGUUUGGAUGAAUUCGAUGAUGCUAGAAGAGUAGUCGCUGAAUUACAAGAGGAAUACGUGGCUGCUGAAAGUCCAGAUUACAUUGAUUAUGGAGGGGACUAG